AUGAAAGUUCAAAAAAAAAACCUGUUGAAAAAUGUUCAUGGUGUCAUCUGGCCUGAACAAAUUCAUUUAUCAUUUGGAAAAUAUCCUCAGGAAAUAGUGGUUACAUGGGUAACUUUUUAUCCUACCAGAAAUUCCAUCGUUUGGUAUGGUACUUUACUGGAAGGUCUUACAAAUCAAGCAAAAGGAUUAUCACAAAAAUUUAUUGAUGGAGGACAAAGAGGCACCAUUCGUUACAUUCACAGAGUUGUUUUAUCUCAUUUAAUACCUCAAACCUUAUACGGUUAUCGUUGUGGAAGUCAAAAUGGAUUUUCCGAACAAUACGUAUUUAAAACAGUGCCAGAAGACGUGAAUUGGUCUCCUCGAAUAAUUAUAUUCGGAGAUAUGGGUUGGAAAGGUGCCGCCAUUGUUCCUUUUCUUCAAAAAGAAAUAAUGGAGAACGAAGUAAAUGCUAUUUUUCACGUUGGAGAUAUUGCCUAUAAUAUGGAUUCGUUGGAUGGUUUGGUCGGAGAUGAAUUUUUGAGAAUGAUACAGCCCAUAGCAACCUCAGUACCUUACAUGACAAUAGUGGGAAAUCACGAACAAGCUUAUAAUUUUUCACACUAUAAGAACAAAUUUACAAUGCCGGGAGAAAGUGACGGUUUAUUUUACAGCAUCAAUUUGGGACCGGCUCAUUUUAUUUCAUUUUCCACCGAAGUUUAUUACUUUCUAGAAUAUGGUUCCGAUUCGAUAAUGACACAGUUUAAUUGGUUGAAAAAGGAUCUAAUGAAAGCUUCAUCGUCCGAAAAUCGGAACCGCCAACCUUGGAUAUUCGUUUUGGGUCAUCGUCCAAUGUAUUGCAGUUCGGAUACAAAUGAAGAUUGUUCUUACGAUUCGAAUAUAUUAAAAUGUUGCGUUAUGAAUUCCCGUGUGUACGAUUUGGAAAAUUUAUUUCACGAGAACAAAGUAGACAUUAUGUUUUCCGGACACAUGCACUAUUACGAACGUACAUGGCCUAUUUACAAAAAUAAAGUUUAUAACGGAAGUUAUUGCGAACCGUAUAAAAAUCCAAAAGCUUGUAUUCAUGUCAUAACCGGCGCCGCUGGUAUGAUAAGCGGAACCGAAGUUGCUUCGAACAUCCGUCAAGAUCGAUUUCCGUUUUAUAAUAAUGAUAAUAGUUAUACGGUUCUUACUAUCGUUAAUGGAACGCAUUUACGCUUAGAACAAAUUUCUACAACCAAAGGUGGUAAAGUUAUUGAUUUUUUUUGGUUAAUUAAAGAUCAACUUUAA